CCAGAACAUAAAUGGACAGUAGCCCAAAGUCUCAUGUCACGAUCUGAAGCAGCGUCACACUCUUCUGCUGGGAUUGAGUUCUUCUGAAACUGGACUUUAGAGAAAUGAUGCUCAUCUUUGGACUGAUGCUGCUGCAAACUGCUGCAUUGCCCCUACCUGCUGUCACAAGCAUGACCGUGUACGACAAGGACAUAACAUCCAUGAGGGUCAGAUGGGAGCUAGUGUCCUCUGGGAAGACGGAGAUGCCAGUUGUUCCAGAUGUGAAGGAUGACUUGCUAUCGCAGCUGCUUCCAAACACAGUGAAUUUGAUCUCCCUGUUAACCUCCUUAAAGGGGAAGGUGACCAGCGAACCACUCAUCAACAGCAGAGUCACUCUUCCUCUGCCUCCAUCAGGUAAGCUGAGAAUCUCAGAAGUGACUCACAGCUCCAUGCGUUUCACCUGGGAUGCAGCUCCUGGGAACGUCAGGAAGUACAUCCUCACCUACAAGCAAGAGGAUGGAGAGCUGAAAGAGGUUCAGAUCAACGGUAACAUCACCGCUCUGCUUCUCACCGGCCUCCGCUCUCAGACGAAGUAUGAUGUUGCCGUCACUCCCGUCUACGUCAAGGGUCCAGCAAAUCCUAUGCAUAGCAGCGCAAUAACUGAUGUGGUUCCUGUGCCCAAGAACUUGAGGUUUUCUGAGGUAAACCAGACUUCAUUCAGAGCCACAUGGGAGCAUGGAGCACCAGAUGUCAUACUGUACCGAAUCAGUUGGAUCAAGCAGCGCGAGAACAACUUCAAAUAUGAAGUCCUGAGCCAUGAAGAGACAAGCCACGUCUUGACAGAUUUAGACACAGACACAAUGUAUGACGUCCAUGUCACGGCCAUCUACCCCAAUGAGUCGGAGAGUGAGAAACUGAUGAGGAGCCAAUGCACAUGUCUGGAUCGGUUCUGCUGUUUUGAUCAGUCUGAUCCCUGUUACACAUCUCUGGGACACAAACUCAAUCUGAUGAUGGUGCAGGACGCUAGUAAAUAUGAUCUGAAGAUCCAGAAGAGAAUAAACAACAACACAGCAGAUGGUCCAGUUUGUAGAGUAAAGAAUGACAGGAUGAGGACGGGUGAAUGUGAUCUUUAUAAUAACAGACCUGAAGUGACAGUCAUUAAUGGGUCUCUGAUAAUAAACCGUGUGAACAGAGCAGAUUCAGGGAAUUACAGAUUAACACUCGAGAGCUCAGACGGCACAGAAACAUCUCGAGAUCUUCAAGUGAUUGUUGAAGGUCUGGAGUUAAACUGCAGUUUUGAUCAGUCUGAUCCCUGUUACACAGCUCUGGGACACAAACUCAAUUUGAUGAUGGUGCAGGACGCUAGUAAAUAUGACCUACAGUUAAAAAAGAGAAUAAACAACAACACAGCAGAUGGUCCACUUUGUAGAGUAAAGAAUGGCAGGAUGAGGACGAGUCAGUGUGAUCUUUAUAAUAACAGACCUGAAGUGACAGUCAUUAAUGGGUCUCUGAUAAUAAACCGUGUGAUCAGAACAGAUUCAGGGAAUUACAGAUUAACACUCUCUCACUCAGACGGCUCAGAAACAUCUCGAGAUCUUCAAGUGAUUGUUGAAGCUCCUAUUGGCUCAGUGGAAGUGUCAAUCAUCUGCUCCUCCAGUGGGGUGAUGAGGGUGUUCUGCUCCUCUGAGGGGGAUCAGCUCCUCUACAGCUGGACUCUGAAUGGAGAUCCACUGAUGGAUGGAAACAGCAGCAUUGAUCUGGAUGAAGGAACUGAUGGAGACAUCAGCUGCAGCGUGAAGAACCACGUCAGUCACGCACAGAAGACCAUUAGACUCAAACCCUGUCCUGGUCUGGAUCGGUUAUGCAGUUUUGAUCAGUCUGAUCCCUGUUACACAGCUCUGGGACACAAACUCAAUCUGAUGAUGGUGCAGGAUGCUAGUAAAUAUGAUCUGAAGAUCCAGAAGAGAAUAAACAACAACACAGCAGAUGGUCCAGUUUGUAGAGUAAAGAAUGACAGGAUGAGGACGGGUGAAUGUGAUCUUUAUAAUAACAGACCUGAAGUGACAGUCAUUAAUGGGAUGCUGAUAAUAAACCGUGUGAACAGAACAGAUUCAGGGAAUUACCGAUUAACACUCGAGAGCUCAGACGGCACAGAAACAUCUCGAGAUCUUCAAGUGAUUGUUGAAGCUCCUAUUGGCUCAGUGGAAGUGUCAAUCAUCUGCUCCUCCAGUGGGGUGAUGAGGGUGUUCUGCUCCUCUGAGGGGGAUCAGCUCCUCUACAGCUGGACUCUGAAUGGAGAUCCACUGAUGGAUGGAAACAGCAGCAUUGAUCUGGAUGAAGGAACUGAUGGAGACAUCAGCUGCAGCGUGAAGAACCACGUCAGUCACGCACAGAAGACCAUUAGACUCAAACCCUGUCCUGGUCUGGAUCAGUUCUGCAGUUUUGAUCAGUCUGAUCCCUGUUACACAGCUCUGGGACACAAACUCAAUCUGUUGAUGGUGCAGGACGCUAGUAAAUAUGAUCUGAUGUUAACAAAGAGAAUAAACUACACACAAGAUGAUCCAGUUUGUAGAGUAAAGAAUGGCAGGAUGAGGAUGAAUCAGUGUGAUCUUUAUAAUAACAGACCUGAAGUGACAGUCACUAAUGGGUCUCUGAUAAUAAACCGUGUGAUCAGAGCAGAUUCAGGAAAUUACAGAUUAAGAAUCUCUCACUCAGACGGCACAGAAACAUCUCGAGAUCUUCAAGUGAUUGUUGAAGGUCUGGAGUUAAACUGCGGUUUUGAUCAGUCUGAUCCCUGUUACACAGCUCUGGGACACAAACUCAAUCUGAUGAUGGUGCAGGACGCUAGUAAAUAUGAUCUGACGAUAAUAAAGAGAAUAAAUAACAACACAGCAGAUGGUCCAGUUUGUAGAGUAAGAUAUGGCAGGAUGAGGAAGAGUCAGUGUGAUCUUUAUAAUAACAGAACUGAAGUGACAGUCACUAAUGGGACUGUGAUAAUAAACCGUGUGAUCAGAGCAGAUUCAGGGAAUUACACAUUAAAACUCACUCUAUCAGACGGCACAGAUACAUCUCGAGAUCUUCCAGUGAUUGUUGAAGCUCCUAUUGGCUCAGUGGAAGUGUCAAUCAUCUGCUCCUCCAAUCAGACUUCAGUGUUCUGCUCCUCUGAGGGAGAUCAGAUAAUCUACAGCUGGACUCUGAAUGGAAAAAUACUAGAAGGACCAAUGUUUGGAAACAGCAGCAUUGAUCUGGAUGAAGGAACUGAUGGAGACAUCAGCUGCAGCGUGAAGAACCACGUCAGUCACGCACAGAAGACCAUUAGACUCAAACCCUGUCCUGGUCUGGAUCAGUUCUGCAGGUUUGAUCAGUCUGAUCCCUGUUACACAGCUCUGGGACACAAACUCCAUCUGAUGAUGGUGCAGGACGCUAGUAAAUAUGAUCUGAAGAUAAUAAAGAGAAUAAACAACAAAAAAGAUGGUCCAGUCUGUAGAGUAAAGAAUGACAAGAUGAGGAAGACUGAAUGUGAUCUUUAUAAUAACAGACCUGAAGUGACAGUCAUUAAUGGGACUGUGAUAAUAAACCGUGUGAACACAACAGAUUCAGGGAAUUACAGAUUAAAACUCUCUCUCUCAGACGGCACAGAAACAUCUCGAGAUCUUCAAGUGAUUGUUGAAGCUCCUAUUGGCUCAGUGAAUGUGUCAAUCAUCUGCUCCUCCAAUCAGACUUCAGUGUUCUGCUCCUCUGAGGGGGAUCAGCUCCUCUACAGCUGGACUCUGAAUGGAGAUCCACUGAUGGAUGGAAACAGCAGCAUUGAUCUGGAUGGGGAAACUGAAGGAAACAUCAGCUGCAGCGUGAAGAACCACGUCAGUCACGCACAGAAGACCAUUAGACUCAAACCCUGUCCUGAGCCAACUACUGCAGCUGUGACCUCUAGUGCGACCUCUAGUGCGACCUCUAGUUUGACCUCUAGUUUGACCUCUAGUGUGACCUCUGAAGUGACCAGCAGCUCACAGACAUCAGAAAAUGGUACAAGUUUCUCAUCGGCUGGUACGAAUAUCACCACGGAUGUCAUUUCAAGCCCCAAAGAGAGAUGGAAGUAUUUACUCUUUCUGAUUGCUUUGGGCUGCGCUGCUGUGACCCUGAUUCUGCUGUUCAUCAUCGUAUGUUGCGUUUACAAGAAAAAACAGCAAAAAUCGAUAACAGCCACUGCUGGAGAUACGGAGCUCAUAUACACUGAUAUCUCUCCUGGGAAAAAGGAUGAGAAGAAGAAAACAGAAACACUCCCAGCUGGUGAAGAGGAAUACGCAGCGGUGCGACCACAGACAAAGAGGAAGAAAAAUGAGGAAGAGGAGGAGGUCCAGUAUGGUGAAGUAACGUUCACUCCGAACCAAUCAGUCGCUCCACAGCAGUCUUAUGAGGAGUGUGUUUACGCGCAGGUACAAAGACGCUAGUUUCACAACAACUGCUUGCGUAAGAUCGCACUUUACCCGGGAAACCAAUUGCUUUUUACAUUUAUGUAUGACUUUGGUUGUUUUAAGGGUUAUACAAAGCACAUAUCUCUUUGCAACUGUAAAUUAGUUUGUGUGACACGUAGCCUACUGAUAUUAACUGUAGAGCGAGAGAUGUUGAGUAAGCAAGAGAAUGAAAAAAAGAGGAAACCAAAUGCAUUUUUUCUCAAUCUAUUGAGCUCUUCUGUUUUUAGCACUUCUCAAUUUGCAGCUGCAACUUGGCAAGAAAACAUUAAACGGGAGUCAACUUGUAAUCAUGAAUAUUGAGGAGGUCAUAGAGUUGCUCAGUAAUCACGAAAACAGCAGUUUGGUGAUUUGGAAUCAAUAAAACAUUUUUAUCUCAAAAGUCACAGAAAACCUGAGCUUGCUAGAUUGAGUUCUAGAGGAUAUAGAAGUUAUGAAGAGUUUAACGGUGAAGGGUUACAAAUAUCUGCAUUCGUCUGUCUGGAGUGAGUUGAAGCAGUCACAUAUUUCUGAGGUUUACAGCAGGGUCAGAAAUUAACGUGGGAUUGUGGCAAAAAGCCACCAGAAUGAACAAAAAUAAAUUUCAAUAUAAAGUGGCAAAAAUUGCAACAGCACAAUUAAACAAUCGAUUACAGCUGUCGUGAUUAAAGUGAAAUGUGCGAAUGAGCAAAGUGUCGUGGAAUUCUAUUUUGAUUCGAACACUCUUCAUUUGAUUGCUUUUUUCCCCUUUGAGCCUUGUAACAAAUCACUCAUGUUUCCGUUGAGCUUAGGAAUGCAUCGGCCAAUCAGAUUAGUCAGCGCUGAGUUGUUGUUUCAUUUGUGUGCACACUUAUUGAAUUAUUUGCGCUGGUGAAUUUCCUCAUCAUAAACAACACUUUGCAGAAAUUAUGUACAUAAAAUAUUCAUUUUGUGGCUUCGGUGAUACAAGUUUAAACAUUCAACUGUUAUUGGCAACAGUUUCAAGUAUUUUAACUGAUUGAAGUAAUUGGUUAAAAUAAAGUAUUUAUCUUUGAAUACAACACAGAUGCAAUUAUUAAGGUGGUGACAAAAAUUAUCCUCAUGAAUGUUUUCCUAAAUGGAAAAGUUAACUUCUGACCUGGUUUACUGGUACUUCUGUUUAAAGAAAAAUAUUGCAUUAAUAAUGUCUUAAAUUUCAUUCCUCUAAUACUGGAAAUGAUCUGAGAAAGGCCUGAUAAUGUCUCAGGGUUUGCACACAAAAUUGCUUAAAGUACUGAAGUGUUGGUUGAAAGUAAAUUGUAUUUGUUUCUACUCGCUAAACUUGUCCAGGAAAAAAAAAAGAUAUAUAUAUAUA